AUGCUCGCUACCCUUGAACCAUCCACUAAACAUGUUAGUCCUACCAGCAAACGCAUCUACUUUACUAGUCAAGUUGGUGCUCUCCGUAAGCAACCGCCAUUUCGCUACCACCAUCCUAUCUUUCUGCUACAUUCAUCAACAAUCUUUAUGAGGCUGGAGUUGGGUAUUCUUUUCUCGCUGUUGGCAGCAUGCGAGAUCAUGGCAGGCCUGUCAACCGAUCUCGUCCUGCCACAUGCUCGACUGGUCACAAACCCAUACAAGACAAGCUGCCCCGAUGUUCGCAUGAUCGAUCCCAGGCCUCUUUUAUCCGAAACGAAGGAUGCCACGCCAUAUCUGGUGGCCAGGUGCCAAGGAUUUGGCAACGAAAAAUGCAGUUGGAUACCUUUGCAAGCCUGCUUUGCAAACACCAACGGCGAGAUCACGUAUGCGAAAUAUGCAGGUUCUCGCGACGCGCCUCUUACGUCCCAUGGCGUCCUCCAAGCUAGACGUCUAGGGGCCCACCUCGCCACGCGAACCGCUUCGGCCUCGGCUGGCAUCACGCACAUCUUCACUUCGAACCUUCAACGUGCCCACCGCACUGCCGCGGCGGUCCGCGAUGCCGUUGCCGCCUCCCACCCCUCCGCCUCGUUGUCGACAGCCGGCGCGAUUGAGGUUGUGCAGCUUCCUGAGCUCCGGGAAAAGCAUUUUGGCACAGGUGAGGGGCAGAAGUUUGGCGCCCGCAUGGGCUCUGGCUCUGGCUCUGACAGACCCAGGCACGAGGGUGCAGAGGACCAAGGUGCUAUGCGUGUGCGCGCUGAGCGGUUCGUUGAGGACUACCUUGCUCCUAUAUUCGCUUGUAUGGAAGCGGAGUCCGGGGACGGCGCGGAAAGCAUUGUCAUCGUUGCUCAUGGCAUCAUCCUGGGCGUGUUGGCGAGAGUUCUCUGCACCGUUGGGAAUUUUGCUGCUCUAGAGCCUGUCGCAGAGGAUCGCAUGCAUUUCUCGUGGAGCAAUACCGGUUACGUCGAGAUGCACAUCACGACAACGUCGGUACUGAGCGCGUCAAAGCAAACGGUGCCCACUGUCAACUGGCCCGGUCUGGCGCUCAAGACCGUCGCAGUCAAUUGCACUGACCACCUUCGGGGGCUCAAAAAGACCGGCGGCGGUAUUGGCAGCGCGGAAUUCGACGAGAAGCAAAAGACGCUCAGUUCGUUUUUUGCACCCACGUCAAAGAAGCGCAAGCACGACGAGGCCUGA